AUGGCGGAACCACACAAAAAAAGACGCCUGUCACAGGAGGAUCCUGCCAAGGAUACUGAUGCGAAAAUGGAUGAUGCUACCAAGACCGAUGCCACAGAUGCCACCGCACCAGUUCAACCGAAGCGAACCCUCUUCGUUCGAUCGCUGCCCAUCUCGGCAACCUCUGAGAGCCUCGCCGAGUACUUCUCCCAGUCCUAUGUGAUUAAGCACGCCACUGUUGUCAGCGAUCCACAGACAAAGAAGUCAAAGCAAUAUGGUUUCGUGACGUUCGCCGACCUCGAGGAUGCCGAGAGCGCCCUGAAGGAGUUGAAUGGAUCCACCUUCGACGGCAAGAAGAUUCGAGUCGACUACGCCCAGGCCCGUCAACGUGAGAUUGACGAGAAGCUUGGCAAGAGUGUUCCCUCCGCUGCUGGCCUCAAAUCUAAACAAGACCGAGAAGACCAGAGAACAAAUGCGCCUCCGAAAUUGAUUGUUCGCAACUUGCCUUGGAGCAUCAAGGAACCAGCUGAUCUGGUCGCCCUUUUCCGCAGUUUCGGAUUAGUCAAGUAUGCGACUCUCCCUAAGAAGGGAAACACACUUGCAGGUUUUGGUUUCGUGACUAUUCGGGGUAAGAAGAAUGCCGAGAAGGCGCUUCAGAUGGUGAACGGCAAGGAAAUUGAUGGCCGUACAUUGGCCGUCGAUUGGGCCGUCGAGAAGGAGGUAUGGGAUACUCAACAGAAGGAGGAGAAGGAUCAGGAAAAGGAGGAGGAGGAAGAGAAGGAGGGAGAGUCUGAUGAUGUGAAGAUGAAGGAUGAGGAUGCUUCGGAGGAAGUUUCCGAGGACGAAGGAUCGGAUGAAGAUGAGGAUGAGGAUGGGGAUGAAGAUGCGGAUAUGGAAGACUUGGAAGAUCUGGAUGACGCAAAGGAGGAAGAGGAAGAGGAGGACGACCGCAACAACUCAACCAUCUUCCUACGCAAUCUUCCCUUCACUUGUGACGAUGAAGCACUUUAUGAACACUUCAAACAAUUCGGACCUUUGCGGUAUGCUCGUAUCGUGGUAGACCAUGAGACUGAGCGACCCCGUGGUACUGGAUUCGUGUGCUUCUGGAAGCCUGAAGAUGCCAUUACCUGUGUACGCGGCGCCCCCAAGAAUCUGGGACCGCCUACCACCAAGGAGCGCAACAACCCAGCAUUGAAGCAUUCCGUCUUGCAGAACGAAAACUCCGAUCCCAGUGGAAAGUAUACUCUGGAUGGCCGCGUGAUCCAGGUCGCCCGCGCCGUGAACAAACGGGAAGCUACAAGACUCGAAGAGGAGGGUGUAUCACACCGUCUUGUGCGUGAUAAGGAUAAGAGACGUCUUUACCUUCUGUCGGAGGGUACUAUUCCAUCCAAUUCCCCUGCGUACAAGAUGCUUUCUCCUUCUGAAAUCAAAUUGCGCCAGGAGAGCCACGACCAUCGUCAAACCGCCAUCAAGAAGAACCCCGCCCUCCACCUCAGUCUUUGCCGUCUUUCCGUUCGCAACAUCCCCAAACACAUUACCUCGAAGGAUCUGAAACAACUCGCUCGUGAGGCCGUCGUUGGCUUCGCUACUGAGGUCAAGCAGGAACGACGACAGCCCCUGUCUAAAGAGGAGGUCCUGCGAUCCGCCGACACUAUGAAGGAGCUCGAGCAAUUGAGAAAGGAAAAGAAGGUGGGUAUUGUGCGACAGGCUAUGAUUGUCUACGAAACCCGCGAGGGAACCAAGGUCCCAGAGAAGGCCGGUGGUGGUCGUAGCCGUGGUUACGGUUUCAUCGAGUACUAUACUCACCGUCACGCACUUAUGGGUCUUCGCUGGCUCAACUGCCACGCCGUUGAUAUCCCUGCUAGUGCUCAAGCAGAAGGCGAGAAAGAGAAGAAGAAGCGACUGAUUGUGGAGUUUGCCAUCGAAAACGCACAGGUCAUUAGGCGUCGUCAAGAACUGCAAGAGAAGCAGGAGAAGGAGAAGGCAGAGAAGGACAAGGCCAAGGCUAAGGCCGAGGAGGAGAAGGCUGGCCAGAAGAGGAAGCGUGCUGCUGAACGGGAGGCCGCGAAGGAAGCAGAGAACGAGGAGGAGAACAAAGUUGCGAAGCGCAACCGUAUCAUCGCGAAGAAGCGGAUGCAGCGCAGGGGCCGUAAGGGCUAG